UUUCCCAAUCUCGUGUGUUGUAUUCCGGCGUUUUCGUCAAUAACCCUUUUAACUUUUUAUUGCAAAGUCGUCGCCUUUCUCACUUCUUCAAUUUGUAUUUUUACUCCCUCUUCCCCUGUUAAUAAUUCAUAAAUAUCUUGCUAUUUGGUGUUUUUUUUUUUUUUUCUCUUUGUUUUCCUAGAUUUUUCUUCUUCUUCUUCUUCUUCCAAAUUUGGUUUUUCUGGCUCCGAUUCGUUUCUGAUCCCCUGAUUUCUCCAUUCCUUGUCUGAGCUUUUCGAAGGGUGUUUGAGAGAUGGCGAACGAAGGAAGUAACACUGAGACCUUAGCUCACGCGGAGUCCCAUAUAUUCGAGAAUCGGCAUGUUGAUGCUAGCCAAUACCAGCCAUCUGCAUAUGCUCCCACUACAACUGGAUCUGAAGCUGUAUCAUGGACUGUUCAUAGCUCCGCAGGGAAUGGAAUUUAUUCUAAUCCAUCCUACCAGUAUGAUCAGCAUUCACAACCACCUGGGCGAAGUAUUCAAGAUGGUCAAAAUGUAUCAUCAGUUGCUGGUAAUUCAUCAAAUUUGGGAACAGCUAAUGUACCGCAAGAUUACAAUGCAUACACAUCAUACCCAAGUUCUUCUAAUCCAUAUGGUUAUGGCAGCAUGGGAUACUCUGGCUACUAUAACAGCUAUCAGCAACCUAAUCAUACCUAUUCACAGCCUGUAGGAGCAUAUCAAAACACAGGUGCUCCUUAUCAGCCUAUUUCCUCCAUUCAGAAUACUGGGUCUUAUGCUGGAUCUGCAAGUUAUUCAAGCACUUAUUACAAUCCUGCUGAUUAUCAGACAACUGGAGGUUACCAAAACAGCAGCGGGUACGGCAAUCAAGCGACGAUGUGGAACAGUGGAAGUUAUCCAAGUUAUACUUCUCAUCCAUAUACAAACUACACCCCUGAUUCCAGUAGUUCUUAUAGUUCUGGUGCUGCAGCUACUUCAGUGCAGUAUCAGCAACAAUACAAGCAGUGGGCGGACUAUUACAACCAAACAGAAGUCAGCUGCGCUCCAGGGACAGAGAACAUAUCUGUCACAAAUUCAUCUACUUUGAGUUGUCCUAUUCCUAUAGCUACUAGCGGUUAUGCAACUCCAAAUAACCAGCCUCCACAAUCAUAUCCACCAGUUUGGAGGCAAGAGUCCAGCUCUUCUGCAAUGCCUUCUUUUCAGCCUCCACCAGUAAAUAGUGGUGAUCAUGAUGGUUACUGGAAACAUGGGGCUCAAAGUUCUCAAAUUCCCCAAAGUAAUCCUAUUCAACCAAACUAUCAAAGUCCUUUGGAUUUAAAAUGUUCUUAUGAUAAAUUUCAGGAUCAACAGAAGACUGCAUCUUCUCAAGGAACCAAUUUGUACCUUCCUCCUCCUCCUCCUCCCCCUCCCCCUCAACAGGUGAACCUGGCACCCAUACAUAGUGCUCCAUCUUUGGAUACAAAACGGGUAAGCAAACUUCAGAUUCCAACAAAUCCUCGAAUUGCUUCAAAUUUGACAUUUGGACAGCCCAAAACCGAAAAAGAUAGCUCUACAACCAGUACAGCACCAAAGCCUGCUUAUAUUGCUGUUUCACUACCAAAGCCAAUCGAGAAAGUAUCAUCUAAUGAUGCUGCUAAUUCUAUACUUAAGCCUGGUAUGUUUCCCAAGUCUUUGCGUGGCUAUGUUGAAAGGGCUUUGGCUCGCUGUAAAGAUGAUAAGCAAAUGGCAGCAUGUCAGGCUGUCAUGAAGGAGAUGAUCACUAAGGCAACAGCUGAUGGUACCCUCUGCACACGAAAUUGGGAUAUAGAACCACUUUUCUCAAUGCCAGAUGCAGAUAUGGUGGAUAAACAUAGUUCACUGUCUUCAAUCCAUGAUUCUUUAUUGCCAAAGUAUAAAAGAAGUCCUAGGCGAUCUAAAAGUAGGUGGGAACCAUUACCAGAGGAGAAGCCAGUUGAUAAUCCAGUGUUGAUCAGUAACGAUACUGUUAAAUACAGUGGUUGGACAUCUAAUGAAAAGGAUAGAAAGGUGGAAUUGGAGAACAAGCAGAGCAAGGAGGAUGGUUUGAGGAAUACUAAAUUUUCUCCAUUCCUGCAGAGAACAUCUAGUAAGGCUUCCCAAAGGCCAUUUAAGAAGCAGCGUACUGCUGAUGCUUCUGUUGGUUCUGAAAAUGGUGAUGCAUCUAGUGAUAGUGAUAAGGAACAAAGUUUGACAGCAUAUUAUUCUGCUGCAAUGACUUUUAGUGAUUCUCCAGAGGAAAGGAAGAGACGGGAAAAUCGUUCUAAGCGUUUUGAUUUAGGACAAGGGCAUCGGACGGAAAAUAAUCACUUCAGAAAGAAAAAUGCUGGAGCUGGAAACUUGUACAACAGAAGGGCUAGUGCCUUGGUGCUGAGCAAAAGCUUUGAAGACGGUGUCAGCAAAGCUGUUGAGGACAUUGACUGGGAUGCUCUUACUGUAAAGGGUACUUGCCAGGAAAUUGAAAAGCGUUACCUGCGCCUAACUUCUGCACCUGAUCCUGCCACUGUAAGACCUGAAGAGGUUCUUGAAAAAGCACUGUUGAUGGUUCAAAAUUCCCAAAAGAAUUACCUUUAUAAAUGUGACCAGUUAAAGUCUAUUCGCCAGGACCUUACUGUGCAACGAAUACGCAAUCAAUUAACAGUCAAGGUGUAUGAAACGCAUGCCCGAUUUGCACUGGAAGUUGGGGACCUGCCUGAGUAUAAUCAGUGCCAAUCUCAGUUGAAAACUCUUUAUGCUGAAGGGAUUGAGGGGUCUUAUAUGGAAUUUGCUGCUUACAACUUGCUUUGUGUCAUAAUGCAUUCAAAUAAUAACAGAGAUCUCCUAUCUUCAAUGGCAAGGUUAUCUGACGAAGCAAAGAAGGAUGAAGCUGUAAAACAUGCCCUCGCAGUUCGUGCAGCUGUAACUUCAGGAAACUAUGUUGCAUUCUUUAGACUAUACACAGCAGCUCCUAACUUAAACACCUGCCUUAUGGAUCUUUAUGUUGAAAGGAUGCGUUAUAAAGCUGUGAGCUGCAUGUGCCGGUCAUAUCGCCCAACUGUACCUGUUUCAUACGUUUCUCAGAUUCUUGGAUUCUCAACUGUUGUGGCCACAAAUGGAGAUGAUAAAGACACGGAUGCAUUGGAAGAGUGUUUAGAAUGGUUAAAAGCACACGGUGCCAGCAUAAUUACUGAUGACAACAGCGACGUGCUGCUUGACACAAAAGUUUCAUCAUCUAGUCUGUUUGUGCCAGAGCCAGAGGAUGCUGUGGCCCACGGAGAUGCCAAACUUGCUGUUAAUGAUUUUUUAGCAAGGGCACCUUUAUAACCAUGUAGAUUCUUUUCAAUUACAUUAGUGAGAGAUCAUUCAGUGGAAAAUGUUGCAGCCCUCUCUGUGUACUUCUUGUACCGGAAAAUAUAUUUAUAGGAGGAGGAGGAGGGUAGCUAAAAAGGCUGUUAGAUCGUGUCCUGUAACAUCAGUCUUCAAUCUCGGAUUACAAAAGUGGAUUAUAGUCAUUAUACAAUAUGGAAAAAUAUUUCCAGCCCUCUAACGUUCUAAUCAAAAUGGCCUUAUAAACAUUGUUUUGUUUGGAUUCUUUCCUGGUAUAGGACAGGACUGUGUAGAUGUCAUGUAAUUUUGUU